AUGCAGAGAAUAACAAUAACUCAGAGGACAACGGCUCAGGCCUCCUCGCCUGUCCCGCUCGCAUGUCGCGCUUGUCGGAAGAAACAUCUGAAGUGUGACGGCCUACAUCCGGUGUGUAGCCGUUGCCGGAAAACGCGUAACCUUUGCGAAUACACGCCUUCUCGCCGUGGGUACAGAUCUACUCCCAAGCCUACCAUUGCUGCGAAGUCUAGCUCGAGUUCCCCUUCUAGUUCAUCAGCUCCCUCUGACAAGCAAUCAAAGUCACCAAGCAAUUUUGAUUUCAACAAUGUGAUGCAGACGCCUGAAUGGGCAGCUCAAGAUGUUUCAGUCAUGAAUGGUAGUUCCUCCACAGAAUCCUUGGAUACGACGCCUCUGGCAUUCCUGGAUCAAGGGAUUCUGCGUCGUAACAACCUCAUCGCAAAGGCAGGCUCCGAUGAUAGUGAUGCGCGCCUGGUUGAUUUUUACUACGCCUUUUUCCACGAAUCCCAUCCAAUUCUCCCCCCUGCCCACUUACUACAUUUCAUUUCUCCGUUCCCAUUAUGUUUGAAGAUGGCCAUGAAAUUUGUUGGUGCCCAUUUCGCUUUUGGGGUGUCUACCGAUGCCUAUAAACUCUCCACGGCCAAAGCCAUUGAAAAUGAUCGGGAGCCGUCUUACCAGAAGGUCCAAGCUAUCCUCCUAUUUGCAACGGUUCUACACGCGCGGAAUGAUCGCGAAGAGGCCAUUGCUUCAUUCGCCGUUGCAGUCACAUUAGCUGUUGAACUGGGCAUGCACCGUAAAUCCAUGGUCGAAGUUCUUGCUGGUCAUAAUUUUGUUCGUGAGGAGAGCCUGAGACGGACAUGGUGGGAAAUUUACAUGACUGAUGUCAUGUUCGGAGCAUUUGAUCACUGUCCCUUGAAGAUUGGAAACUUGACAAUGGAUGUACAGCUUCCCAGCGAGGAGGCUAGUUACAGUACAGGAAUCUGCCUCGUUGAGCCACCGUCAACUACCCAGUUCUAUAACCGUGUAUUCGCCGACCACCCACCCAAAUACUCGUCCUUCUGCUACGCAGUCGAAGCAACUCACCUUUUGAAGCGGGGAAUAGCUCUCGGCGUCACACUCGACGACGAAAACAUGCGUGACCAGGUGGAAACUCUCGAGGCUAAUAUCGGUAGUUGGUUCCGCCAUGCCCCAGAGGAUAGGCCCAACGCCCUAUGCAUUGACGGCAGCGUCGACCAGGUCUUGUUCCGCGCUUAUAUGUUGGUCCACUGUGCCUCGAUAUAUCUCCACCUGCCACGAUCCUGCCUGAUGGCCUCGCCCACCGCUAACGCCACCAUCGCCUGUGCCCGCAGGGGAACCUACCUCCCUCCCACUUCCCAUACACUCACGCACGCUUCCAAAGCACUCGAGGCUGGGAAUGGGAUCGUCGCCCUGGGUUCAAUUCGCAGCCCUCUCCUCAAGCACACGCCCUUUUUUAUCUGCGGCCUUGUCCUUGGCGCAGUCGUUGAACUGUGCGCCUGCUCCAUCAAUGUCGGGCACUCGAUCGAGCCCCGCAGGGACCGCAUCGCGUUGAUCGUUGGAGAGCUGAAAGCACUUGAUCGCACGUGGGCGCUGGCGCACCAGGUUAUGUGGCACAUCAAAAUGCUGGCAAGAGAGGUUUUGGAAAUCGGGCUGCUGCCUCCUACGCAAGCGAGUUUGGAGGACCCAGGACCGGACGUCAACGUGUUGCUGAAUAGUGACAUGUGGCUAGGGGAUAUUACCAUGGAUCCGAAUAUGUAG